AUGGUAUUUUUUUUUACAAGUAACGUGGUAUCGCCACAGGUUACUCUGUUUAUGGGUGCCGACAAACAUGAAAAUGAAGACUUGAUUAAAUGGGGUUGGCCAGAAGAUGUUUGGUUUCAUGUUGACAAAGUAUCAUCAGCUCACGUGUAUCUCAGGUUAUCGGCUGGUCAAACUAUAGAUGAUAUUCCCAAUUCCGUUCUUGAUGAUGCAUGUCAACUAGUUAAGGCUAACUCCAUUAUGGGCAAUAAAAUGAAUGACAUAGAUAUUGUGUACACAAUGUGGUCAAAUUUGAAGAAAACCCCUAGCAUGGAGGUAGGCCAAGUUGCAUUUCAUAAAGAUAGAGAUGUAAGAAAAGUUAGAGUGGCUAAAAGAUGUAAUGAUAUAAUUAAUAGACUUAACAAGACUAAGAAAGAAGCGUUUCCUGACCUUAGACAAGAAAGAGAAACAAGAGAUAGAUCAGAGAGAGAAGACAAAAAGAAAGUUUUGAGAGAAAAGAAAGAAAAGGAAAAAGAAGAAGAAAAGCGGAAGAAAGAUGAAGCAGAGCUCAAAAGUUACUCUACAUUAAUGAAACCUGAAAAUAUGACAACAAAUUAUGAUGGCAAUGAUUCUGAUGACUUUAUGUAG